AUGGUGUGGCUACAUUUUUUGCCAGCUCUGCACAUGUUGUGCCUAGUAUGCUGGUUAAUCGUUGGCAGCGUCCAGGCGUUCACACAAUGGUCUUGGGCAGAAGCCUAUUCACUUGCGAAUGAGACUGUCCAACAGUUGACACUGGAUGAAAAGCUAGGGUUGGUUAUUGGAGUAGGGAAAUUUGGCAGUCACUGUUCCAUAAUGCUAUCAUUGAUGACCCUUACUAUCCCACCUAUAUGUUUUAAUGAUGGUCCUGCUGGUCUGUGGCUCGUCAAGGAGGUCACCGGAUUCCCAACAGGUAUUAACACUGCAAAUGAGAAAUCCCAAAGCUGGACAAGGAUGGGAGAGGUGAUAUACCCUGCUGUUACAUUGCAAAUGCUCGCCGGCCCUGACCCUUACCUGAGUGGGGAAUUUGCAUACGAAACGAUAGUCGGCAUCCAGAGCAUGGGUGUUCAGGCCUGCACCAAGCAUUUCAUAGCCAAUAAUCAGGAGCAUUCAAGGUAUGGUCUAAGUGCAGAUGUAGAUGACAGGAGACUCCAUGAAAUAUAUUGGUGGCCUUUCAUGAGGAGUAUCGACAUACGUGCCUCGGUCUAUUAUUUCACAUGUGCUUAUCGGCUCAAAUGGGCUGUUAAGACAAGGUGGAUUCUGAGCAAUAAUGCAAAUGCCGGGUUAGACAUGGAACAACCAGGAGACUACCUCAAGAUAGGUGGCGGCAUGUACAGCAAUGGAGGCCUGAAAAGUGCUGUGAACAACGGAAGUGUUUCCGUCACUGCUGUGCAUCAAAAUUACAUGGCUACAUAG